CUUAAUUUCCUCACUAAUUACUAAUUAGCAAGGUAAAUUACUCAUCAGUAGCCAUCUUCUCCUCCCAUUUCACAUCCUCCAGCCGGAGAUCGGCGUAAUAAGUAGCACCGGAAAACCGGGGGAACCCGUCGCCGUCGAUUUUUGAUUCACGUUUCUCUGUAUUAUCAUUAUACGUGCUACAAAACCAAAAAACCUCACGCAGCUGCCUGGUGGACCAAUAAUCUGCCGAGCUUUCUUCCCCAAGCGAGGAGCUCAUUACCACCACAGACCCUGCUAGUUUCCUGGUUCUAAUUGAAGGAGAAAAAGAAGAAGAGGAGGAAAGAAAGAAGUAGGAUAAAAUCUGAAAGAGAUGGCCAAGAUGGCUGAUCAAUCGGCAGGAGGUUACAGUGUGGAUGGAGCGAUCAUAUCAAUGGGGUUUGGGCUCUUCCAAACCCUAAUGUGCGUUUAUGCUGGGAUGGGUUGGGUUUCUGAGGCUAUGGAGAUGAUGAUCUUGUCGUUUAUUGGGCCAGCAGUGAAGUCCAAGUGGAAUCUCAGUGCUGAUCAGGAGACUGUUCUAACCGUUGUGGUCUUCGCUGGGAUGCUUGUUGGCUCCUAUCUCUGGGGUUUCCUCUCUGACAGAUAUGGAAGAAGGAAUGGGUUUCUGUUCACUGCAAUAGUGACCUCCAUAGCCGGUCUCUUCAGUGCGUUUGCUUGGAACUAUUAUGUGCUGAUGAUUGCUCGUUGCGUUGUUGGUGUGGGGUUGGGAGGUGUGCCAGUAGUCUUCACCUGGUUCUUGGAGUUCAUACCAGCACCAAAUAGAGGCCAAUGGAUGGUUGCUUUCAAUCUGUUCUGGACUCUUGGAGCCAUUGUUGAAGUUGGUUUAGCAUGGAUCGUUAUGCCGACACUGGGAUGGAAGUGGCUCGUCGGUCUGUCAGCAGUUCCCUCGUUCGUUCUCCUUAUUUUCUACUACUGGACCCCUGAGUCGCCAAGGUACCUGUGCCUCAAGGGGAAGAAAGAUGAGGCGCUUAAGAUCAUGGAGAAAGUGGCCAAAUGCAACAACAAGAGCCUGCCUCCUGGUGUUCUGCUCACUGACCAUGAGAUUGAGCAACAAGGGCAGGUCUAUUCUGCCGAUUCGGAGCCCCCUUCGUGGGAAGAUUCCAACUUGGGGCUCCUCAAGACACUCAGGCUGCUGCUCUCGCGCAAGCUAGCCCGCGCCACAGUGAUGUUGUGGAUCAUAUUCUUUGGGAACGCGUUCUCGUACUACGGACUUGUGCUGCUCACCACGCAGUUGAACCGCAGCGAUCUGUGCAAUUCGAAUGUGAAGAAAUCAGAUGACUCUGGUGCUGGUAUUGAUUACAAGAACGUUUUCAUCGCCACUCUUGCAGAAUGCCCUGGUGCCCUUGCUGCCAUUCUGCUAGUGGAUAGAGUUGGUCGCAAGUAUACCAUGGCAGGUUUGUUGUUAGUUUGCAGUGCCUUUGUGGUGCCAUUGGUUACACAUCAGUCUUCCAUGGUGACCACGAUUCUCCUGUUCGGAGCUCGUAUAUGCAUCACUGGAUCUUUUGCAAUUGCCUUUGUCCUGGCUCCGGAGCUGUACCCGACAUCAGUGAGGUCAACCGGGUUUGGAAUCGCGAGCUCCAUGGGAAGGAUCGGUGGGAUGACCGCCCCAUUCGUGGCAGUGAGCUUGACAGAAAGAUGUUUGCAGCGAGAAGCCGUGCUGCUGUUCGUUGGUAUCGUUGUGAUCGCAAUGAUCGCGACCCUGUUGAUUCCAUACGACACCAAGGGGAGGGAGCUGACGGAUAGCAUAUCCAGCAUGAAGAAUGAAUCAAAGGACUCUGGUGCGCCAGUCAAGCCUCGUCUUGCAGAGGCCUGAAAUUAGUACACCUAGGAUUUUAUACACUGGUUUUUAUAGUAUAAUACAGGAGAUAAGUGCUGCCUUCGCUUGCGGGCGCAGAUUGUCGUCUAGAUUAUUAGGAGGAUUUGAUCUGCCAGACAAAUAAAAGAAGAAGUGCAGAAGCCAUAUUGACGCAGCAGCAAGCUUGAGGAUGGUAGCAGGCAGGCAAUAACAAUGGAGGUUAUAAGGCUUGUUUGAUCAGCAAGCUGCUUCUCGACUUGCAGUAGUCAAUAGAAGGGAUCAGAAGAAAGUUGAAACCUUAUGUUUUACUAUCAGCAGGAGAAAUUUAUGUCGCCAUGGUUGCCGCUGACAGUCCUGUGUUUUGUUAGGCCUGUCAGGGAAUCCCUCCCGAGAGGCUGACUGAAAAUUUGGAUUGAUGGCUGUAGUAGUUAUUCCAUUGUUUUGAGCUAUUAAUAUAAAAAAGUUGCAGAACGAUUCUACUCUGAAAUGAUAAGUUGUAACUUGUAAGGAUCAAACCUAUGAGCUUGUUGUCUCAAUUCUUGUACCUUGUCAUUUAAGGCAUCUCUUGGUGAGUGGAGUAUUGAGUUUGGGGCAGAUAUUUGACUAUCAUUGGGCUUUGAUGUCUUUUGUGUUUUCAUUACAGGCUUGUGGCCUAUUUAUCCGGAAUAGGCCCAAUAACGAAA